AUGGCGCAGAGGGAGCAGCAACCAGCGGCCUCAGACGGAACGCGCAGUCGCAAGGGAUGUCUCACCUGCAGAAUUCGCAAGAAGAAGUGCGAUGAGGAGCUACCCGCAUGCAGUGCCUGCAGGUCAAGAGACCUGGCAUGCUACGGGUUCAACAUGCCGCUACCGCCUUGGAUCACCAACAAGGCCUCAUGGAAAGAUGUCCUAGAGUCCAAUGAAGCGAGAGCUCUACGGACUGUCGCGGAGCUGCGGUACAGGGUCUCGAGAAAGCUGGGUUCCAGAGUCACAGCUUCUGGCACGGCUGGACUCUUGCCAUCGGACUCAGGGAGCAACAACCUCCAGCAUGGGUCUCAUCACUUCCCAAUAGCCUAUGGGACUUUAUCGGGCGCAUUCCAUUGCGAUAUCUUCUCAACCCCGUCCAUUAUUCUGUUGACAAAUGGUGUCAAUAUUUGGCAGCGACAACCCGAUACCAUAUGGUGGGACAGCAGGAUGCAAAGUCUACAGCCCGGACCUGAAAGUUCUUCACGAGAAGAAACAAGAUUGCUCAUGUUGUUUCUCGAUGUCAUACAUCCAAUCACGCAUACAUUCUGUAGGUUGGAAAGCAGCAGUGAACGCAACUGGAUGCUUAAUCGGCUCAUCAACCGAGACGGCUUAUUUAGCUCAGCUCUCAGUGUCAGCGCCUGCUUCGAGCACUCGUUGACUCAAAAGGCUAGUGUUGAUGAGAUUGGGCUGUCGCCAAAAGUGAGCAGGUUACAGAGCCGGUCUAUUUCGAUGCUUCGGAAAGAGGUCGAGCGCUUUUCCCUCAUGGCGCCGUUGCCAGUGGAAGAUUUCGUUUGGGCUGGGAUCCACCUUGUUGAUAUUAUCGCCCAUUUGGAGGCGCUCGAGAUUUUCAGUAUGCUUCAGGGCCAGUGGGAGAUCCAUCACCAGGCUGCGAGAAAAGUACUAGAUCAUAUUGAGACUUCUGUUCCACUUGAGAACCAUUCUGGUGCAAUCAGGUCACAGGACUUUAUGGGUUGUCAAAGCCAAGUCUUUGCCAUUGUCACCAGAAUUGCAAGACUUGAGCAACUCCAGCUGAUGCAUCAAGACUUUGCAGGACCGGAACUACAACGGCAAUACAGAGGACUUGAACAAAAACUCGAUUAUGUCUGCCAGAUUCUUCAAGAAGAUAUUGAGAGCAUCGCCGGUGAAACUUCAAUUCUACAUCUCGACGCUGCAAAGAUUAGUCUCAUAUGGGCGUAUGGUGCCAGAGUCCUGUUGCAAGUUGUAAUUGCUCCGAUUAUGCCUGAGCAAAGUGGUAUCGACCAAACCUUCGUCAACAGGUGCCUUGAGGAGAUGGAAGCUCUCCCUACACGUCUUGUGAUGCGGUCAGCUUGGCCGUAUACUAUCGCCGGUUGUAUGGCCAUGAGCGAGUCACAACAUCACCGGUUUCGUCAAAUCCUCAAUCAGGUGCUGCAAGAAGCGCAGGCCCCUGGCAUAACAUGGAAAGGCCUUAUUGUCAUGGAGGAGUGUUGGAGACUUCGAAGAAUGCACCCUAAUCAAGUCUUUGGGUGGAGAGAAGCCAUGGAGAGUCUUGGUGCCAGGGUGAUUUUGACAUAG